AAAAUGUAAACAAACCGACUUAACCUAAAAUUCGUAAAGUGAUAACAUUAAUAUGUAUACUUUAAAUUUUAAAAAAUACUUUAGAUUAAAAAUCUAAGAGUGUUAUAUUAAUUUACCAGUAAAUAAUAUAAACUAAUUUAUACAAAAGCAAUAUUUUAUCAAAUUCAAAAACUGGAUUUUUGAACUUAUUUUAUUAAAUAAAAAACACCAAGGAGAUUUUUCAUAAAAUCUUGAAAGAAAAUAAUUUAUGAGUGUUAUUUAAUUCAUUAAUGAAUUAAGCAAAGAAAAUACCUCUAUAAGACUGGAAAAUAAAAAUUAAAGAAAAAUAAUUAUGAAAUCGAUUCAAUGGCAGAAGAAUUUGUACGAGAAUCGAGAUUUACCGGACAAUUAUACAGAUGAAAGUUUUCUCGAAGAAUUGCGUAAAAACAUAAAACCAAGCAAUGUGACGACUUUAAAGGCAAUAUCACUUGGAGCCAGUGUAUCGGUGGAGCUCAGUAUUGUCUCAUUAUUCGUGAUUGUUUUUAUUUGGCUGAAUAACGAAUGGACAACGCCAAAGACAAUUUUCAUCUCGAGUUCAUUUUUCACGGCACUCGGCUAUUUUCUCUACACACUCCAAGUGCAAAAUCUAAGUGACAGAAUGUCAAAGGACAUAAGGAGUGCAUUAAUAUUCUUCGCCUUCGGCUAUGUUUUGUCGCCAAUUUUAAAAACAUUGACCGAAGCAAUCAGUACGGAUACAAUUUAUGCAAUGACAAUUUUCAUGUUCUUGAUUCAUUUGAUAUUUGGAAAAUACGGUUCGCCGCAAAUUUCCCUCUCCGAUUCGCUGUCAAUAACGUCGUCAAUUUUCGGCUCAUUAAUGCUCGCUUCUCGACUGACGACUUAUUUGCAUGCAUUCGCAUUGCUCACCGUUGCCGUGCAAUGCUUCGUUUUGCUUCCAUUUUUACUUAAGAAAACAAAGGACAAUAUUGCCAUUUCGAUUAGUUUGAUGUUGGUGACUAUUUACUUUUUGUUUCAUAUUUCUUUAAUUAUGUCUUACGUCUAUGUGGCAGCCACUGCUCUGAUUCACUUUAUCUGCCCACUUUGGUACAUCAGGUGGCAAAAGUACAAGGAAAAUAUUUACGGUCCUUGGGAUGAGGCUGAAAUACCUUCCUGACUAGUAGCCAAAAAUCUUAAUUCUGUAAAAUAUUACUAGUAUCAAUUAACAAAUUUCAAUCUGUAAAAUAUGUAAAUUCUGUAUAUUUAUAAGUUUAGUGGAAAUAUUUUUGAAAAAAUUAAGGUUCUUUACGUACCUUUGAGAAUUGUUACACUUUGGGAAUAAUUUUUUGUUAUUCUGCCAUCCAAAUUUCAUCACUCGGUAAAAUAGAAUAGAAGAUGUAAGGUAUUUUUAUAAAUAUUUAUAUAAAUCUUUAAAUUAUAAUAUAAUCACAACGAAUAUAAAUGAAAAAACUUUCAUUUCAAGCCAAAAUGUUCAAAUUUAAUUCUUGAAGAACUGCCAUAAA